UCAGGUGUGUUGAAGCAGAAACGAAGCUGCCUCUCUGGUCUGCAGCUCAGCUUUUCUAUGCUCUGCCACAGGGCGUCGUUGCUGCGCUCAUCCAGUUUCUCAGGAAAGGUUUCGGUUUCAUUUCUCGGCAGAUCCGCGGCCCCUUUCUCCAGUUACAAGUUUUGGGAGGCAUCGGCAGUGCUCCAAGUGGUGUAGCUAUAAUGGUCAUUUGUGGAUGAGGCUACAAAAAAAUAAAUGUCACAGAAAAGGACGUAUCCCUCUGGGGCAGAGAAGGGGAAAAAGAGAAGAUUAGAGGAAGAAAGAAGGGCAAGAAGACAAAGAGCUGCCUACUCAGCCAUGAGUCAGUGUGCAGAUACAGAGGGCAGAGUACUCCCUUCUAAAGAGGAACAGUGGCGGCACAGUGAAGCCACGAGGUCACAGCAGCAACAGAGACCGAGCUCUCCUGAACCCAGCUGCGUGUCCAUGAAGAGCCAACAGUCUGCUGAAACACAAAUGCCACAGGAGACAUCAGGCUCUCCUUUAUCCAGCUGUAUGUCCAUGAAAAGCAGCUGGUCUAUGGACUCUCCUUUAUAUUUUAGGCAGGAGAAGCUCUCUGUUGACAAAAGAGUCCAGCCACAAAGGUUUGAGGUUCACAGUUCCCAGUCUGGUCAGCAGGAUCAAACAGACUUGGAAUCCAUUUUUAAGCUGCUUGAAGAGAAGAUUAUGACUUUUGUGAAGGCUGAGCUUAAAAGGUUUCAGGGGAUUCUGAGUCCAGCCUACCAAGAAUGCUCAGAGAAAGGGAGAGAGGAAGAGGAUCUGUUAGCUUCUAAGGCUGAAGAGCAGACAGGGAAGGCCAGGGAGGCUUUUGUGAAGAUCACACUCCACUUUCUGAGGGGGAUGAAUCAGGAGGAGCUGGCUAUCUGUCUGCAGAACAGAGCGAAUGCACCCAUUUGCGAGCGUAAACUCAAAUCAAAUCUUACAAAGAAGUUCCAACAUUUGUUUGAGGGGAUUACUAAAGCGGGAAACCCGACACCUCUCAAUCAGAUCUACACGGAGCUCUACAUCAUAGAGGGAGGGACUGGAGAGGUCAGUGAUGAACAUGAGGUCAGACGGAUAGAAACAGCGUCCAGAAGACGAGCAAGACUGGAAAAGACAAUCACAUGUAAAAACAUAUUUCAACCCUUGCUGGGAAGAGAGGAACAAAUUAGAAUGGUGCUGACAAAGGGAGUGGCUGGCAUUGGGAAGACAGUGUUAACACAGAAGUUCACUCUGGAUUGGGCUGAAGGCAAAGCCAACCAAGAUAUCCAGUUCACAUUUCCAUUUACUUUCAGAGAGCUGAACGGACUAAAGGAGGAAAAGCUCAGCUUGGUGGAACUUGUUCACCUCUUCUUUUCUGAAACCAAAGAAGCAGGAAUCUGCAGCUUUGAAGACUUCCAGGUUGUGUUCAUCUUUGAUGGUCUAGAUGAGUGUCGACUUCCUCUGGACUUUCACAACAAUAAGAUCCUGACUGAUGUUACAGAAUCCAACUCAGUGGAUGUGCUGCUGACAAACCUCAUCAGGGGAAAACUGCUUCCUAAUGCUCGCCUCUGGAUAACCACACGGCCUGCGCUGGCCAGUCAGAUCCUUCCUGAGUGUGUUGACGUGGUAACAGAGAUCAGAGGGUUCACUGACCCACAGAAGGAGGAGUACUUCAGGAAGAGAUUCAGAGAUGAGGAGCAGGCCAACAGGAUCAUCUCCCACAUCAAGGCAUCACAAAGCCUUCACAUCAUGUGCCACAUCCCAGUCUUCUGCUGGAUCAGUGCUACAGUUCUACAGGAUAUGCUGAAAACCAGAGGAGGAGGACAGCUGCCCAAGACCCUGACUGAGAUGUACAUCCACUUCCUGGUUGUUCAGGCCAAAGUGAAGAAGGUCAAGUAUGUUGGAGGAGCUGAGACAGAUCCACACUGGAGUCCUGAGAGCAGGAAGAUGAUUGAGUCUCUGGGAAAACUGGCUUUCGAGCAGCUAGAGAAAGGCAACCUGAUCUUUUAUGAAUCAGACCUGACAGAGUGUGGCAUUGAUAUAAGAGCCGCCUCAGUGUACUCAGGAGUGUUCACACAGAUCUUUAAAGAGGAGCGAGGGCUGUACCAGAACAAGGUGUUCUGCUUUGUCCAUCUGAGUGUUCAGGAGUUUCUGGCUGCUCUUCACGUCCAUCUGACCUUCAUCAACUCUGGAGUCAAUCUGCUGGAAGAGGAACAGCAAACCACUCAGACAUCAAGGCCCGAGAAUAAGCAAUAUGAACUAAAACUCUUCUACCAGAGUGCUGUGGAAAAGGCCUUACAGAGUCCGAGUGGAUACUUGGACUUGUUUCUCCGCUUCCUUUUGGGCUUGUCACUGCAGUCCAAUCAGACUCUCCUACAAGGCCUACUCAAAGAGACAGGACUAAGCUCACAGAUAAAUCAGGAAGCGGCCAAAUACAUCAGGGAGAACAUUGGGGAGAAUCUGUCCCCAGAGAGAAGCAUUAACCUGUUCCAUUGUCUGAAUGAGCUAAACGACCACUCUCUAGUGGAGGAGAUCCAAUGGGCCCUGACUUCAGGAAGUCUUUUCAUAGUUAAACUGUCUCCUGCCCAGUGGUCUGCUCUGGUCUUCAUCUUACUGUCUUCAGAAAAAGAUUUGGAUCAGUUUGACCUGAAGAAAUAUUCUGCUUCUGAAGAAGGUCUUUUGUGGCUGCUGCCGGUGGUCAAAGCUUCCAGCAAAUCGCUGAUGAUUGGAUGUAACCUUUCAAACAGAAGCUGUAAAGCUCUGUCCUCAGUCCUCAGCAAGUCCUCUAGUCUGAGAGAGCUGGACCUGAGUUACAAUAACCUGCAGGAUUCAGGCGUGAAGAAAAUGUUUGCAGACCUGGAGAAAGACUGUAAACUGGAGGUUCUCAGGCUAAGUGGCUGUGGGCUGACAUGGAGAAGCUGUAAAACUCUGUCCAGAGUUCUCAGCAGUCAGUCAUGUGCUCUGGCAGAGCUGGAUCUAAAUAAUAAUGACCUGGACGUUUCAGCAGUCACGCACCUCUUCACUAACCUUGAAAGUCAACUGAGUACACUGAAAAUUGUCAGGCUGUCUGGCUGCAACCUGUCAAAUGAAAGCUGUGAAGCUCUUGCUUCAGUCCUCAGCUGCUGGUCCGUAAGUAUGAUAGAGCUGGACCUCAGUAAUAAUGACCUGCACGACUCAGGAGUGAUGCUGCUGUCUUGUGGACUUCAGAGUCCUCACUGCAAACUGGAAAGUCUGAGCCUGUCAGGUUGUCUGAUCACAGACAAAGGCUGUGCUUCUCUGGGCUCAGCACUCAGUUCAAACCCUUCUUAUCUGAGAAAGCUGGAUCUGAGUUACAAUCACCCUGGACCAUCAGGAAUGAAGCUCUCUGCUGCAUUGCAGGAUCCCCGCUGGAGUCUGGACUCUCUGAGCAUGGACAGCUGUGGAGCUGAACGGUUGAAACCAGGGCUGAGGAAAUAUGCCUGCAAUCUCACAAUUGACCCAAACACAGUACACAGGAAACUGUACCUGCCAGACAACAACUUUGUGACAUAUGAUGAUGAGGAAUGGCAGUAUCCCAGUCACGCUGAGAGGUUCGAUUACUGGUACCAGCUGAUGUGUAUGAGUGGCCUGACUGGUCGCUGUUACUGGGAGGUGGACUGGAGUGGACAGGUAUCUAUAGGAGUGACUUACAGAGGGAUCAAAAGGAGUGGUUCCGGUAUUGAUAGUCGUAUUGGUGGGAACAACAACUCCUGGAGUCUGGACUGUUCUGCUGCUAAUUACGCUGCAUGGCACAAAAACUCGUGCAGAAUCAUAGACAGCCCUGAGCCCUCCACUCACAGAGUGGGAGUGUAUUUGGACUGGUCUGCUGGCACUGUAUCCUUCUACAGAGUUGAAUUUGAUACACCGACACACAUCCACACCUUCCACUGCAGCUUCACGGAACCACUUUACCCCGUCUUCCGGAUACGUUCUGAGUUCACCUAUGGCAUUUACAGCUCUGUGUCUUUGCGUCAGAUGGAUGAAGGAGACUAGAAGCGAACUGUAGAUGCUGCCACUGAAAACUGCUUACACUAUGAUGUGGUUCCCAUCCACUUUUUAUUUGAAGUAUUUUAAACUAUCUGCUGUCUCUUACAAUCAAAAAUUAAAAAUCAGAGAUGGACAAUGGUGAUAUUGUAGCGUCUUCUCACAUGGUUAAUCAUAGAAGUCCAAAAAAGUUGAGGGAAUUCCCACUGCCCCCCCCCACCUAUUCACGGUCUGUAAAUAUCUGGGAACUGUGGAGACUGGUUGCUGGACUCUUGGGAGACGGAUGCUAUCCCAUUCUAUCAGCUCAACAGUUCUGGGUCUUUGUUAUACAGUGAAAAAAGUGAAUGAAAGGAAGUUCAUCAUGGGAACCACAAAUAUGGACAUUGUAAUGAAGUUUUAUAUUUUCAUCUAUCAUUGGUGUGGGUGAUUCUUUACAUUCUCCGAUUAUAAAAUGUGUAGCAUAUACACUGAAUUAAAAAAAAAAUCUCUUACCAUUUUUAAAGCUAUGCGUGCCUGUAUUUCUUUUUUUUUUUUUUUUUUUAUCAAAAUAAGCUAAAGUUUACUUGUAAUUGAAUUUAUUUGUACAAACACUGGUAAGUGGCCAAAGUAGGCAUAAACAUGCUAAUAGAUUUUUUUUCUCCACUUCACAAAUGUUGUUUUGUUAAAUUAUUUCCUUUUUUAUUACCAUUAUUUAAAUUUUUAUAAUUUUAUAAAUGCAACAAAAAACACAGUAAUACUGUAAUGAAAAGGUCAAAUUAAAGUACCAAAUAAUUCAUUGCAGAUAAGUUACACUUGUAAUUAUUUACACCUAUUAGUAAUG